AUGGAGAAUGGCCCAGGGCCAGUGCACUCACAAGGUCAAUCUCCAAUCAGGAGAUGGGUUAAAAGGUCCCAGGACUUAGAUACAUCAACAACUCUGGUGUCUAAUCAAACCACUGGCCCACCUCAUCCAUGCACUGACUGGGAUGUAUAAGUCGAUUUCUAGGGAAACCUCUAUAGGCAAUUAUAUCAUGUGUGAUGGUGUCAGAGAUGGUGUUAGCCUAUAUGAGGUGAGGGGAAAGGUAAUUGGAAAGGAUCUUUGUGAUCGGUUAUGAUUGGUGGUGAAUGAUUGAUUGGUUCUAGCUUUGCUAAAUGUAUCCAUUCAAUGCAACCUUUCACGUUAAUUUGUCUACGAUGGAAAUAUUUGUAUUUAAAUGGUAAUUCCGCCAUUUGGAAUAGCCUUCACUUCCACCUGUUAUCGCUCUCUUAAAUAAUUUAUUUUUACUCUUUCUGUCUUUAGGUCAGUUGGCAGCGGGUACGUGUGAGAUUGUCACUCUGGACCGGGACAGCAGUCAGCCACGGCGGACCAUAGCACGACAGACGGCGAGGUGUGCCUGCAAAAAGGGUCAGAUUGCAGGUACCACGAGAGCCAGACCGGCUUGUGUAGACGGUAAGAGCCAAGAUCCACCUCCAUCCUUCACUUUCAGAGAGAACCCCCGAAGCAUGGGGGUUGAGGGGCUUAAAGAGCUUCCCUCAAGGGCCUCUUUGGGCCACCACCCCCUGUGCAUCUAUGACCAUUUCAUGAUGUUGUGGAUUACUCCGUUAUCUCUGUUAAGGUGGUUUAGGCAUGUCGUAAGGGAAUGGAGUGUUGCAUUGCAUUUCAUCACCUGCUGUCCUUGUCCUGGUUGCCAUCUGGGGAGAAUUGUAAAGCAGCUGCUGUAUGCACAUUGAAUUGUCUCUCUCUGUGGGGAUUGCUUUGUGCUUAUAUUACUUUCUAUGCUUCAGAGGGUACGCUUGGAUGUUUUAUCAAUUUGAAAUACGUUCUCUCCCUUUGUGCGAUACUAACAAAGACUAUUGACAAAAGCCCUCAUGGAUCAAAAAGUUCUUAACUUAUAAAGGCUGAAAUUUACAUUUUGCAGGGAUUUGUAUCCUUUCUAUAAUGUUACCUGGCACCAAAGUGAUUAUUUUAGGCACCGUCGACAUUGUUUUGGCAUUUUGUGAAUGCUCCUGAUCGCUGUGACCUGUUUUUCCAGCUUUACUGUUGACAACUUGCCUUUGACACUCUUCCUGCUGCAGUUGUUGCUAUGAUACCUGAGUGAAGCACAUAGCACAACAUCCUAAUGACAGGUUUAACGCCUGAGGUGGCUGGUGGUUGUCAUUGUAUUUAAAAAGAUGUUGGCAAUACAUCUUGGGUGACCUUUACUUACCUAGAGCAUGCCACAUCUUUGCAGGCUUGGUAUUUAUGUCAGGUCGCAUCUUAGCUCGGUCACUCACUUUCUUUUGUUGGUUUGUUCCAAAUAUACAUUUGUGAGCCAUAGAGCAGGGUUUACUCCAUCAGUGUGGGAAAACAAAUUAGAUUUAAGUUAUUUUUAAUCUUCCCUUCAGUUCUCAAGGUCGUCAGACUGCAGUAG